GCCAGCCUUGAGCAAUUGUCGAGCAGGAGCGCAUCUGUGCUCUGUUAUGCCGAACCUAACCUUUCACGAGACACCGUGCUCGCGUUAAUGUAACGGUACUAUCAUCGUGAUUGUGCGAAAAUUGUACAGCAUUGUCGUUUACGUGUGCAUCGCAAUUUUAAAUUUCUCAGCUCGAAUUAUCGAACAUCACUCGCUUCGAUAUGAGUGUUAACAGCUUGUCAAACUUCUUAUGUUUCGGGCGGCAGUGUGCAAAAUUCUCUGCAAUAGCACGGCGCUACUCCUCCAUUGCUGCGAAUCCAGCAGACAAAGAUAGUGCGAAGCCAAAGACUGGUAUAGUAAUGUUAAAUAUGGGUGGCCCUACCAAUAUUAAUAAAGUUCACGAGUACCUGUUAAGAAUAAUGACUGAUCGCGAUAUGAUCCAGCUGCCAGUUCAAAGCAUAUUGGGACCUUGGAUAGCGAAACGUCGUACCAUGGAGGUGCAGAAAAAGUAUUUCGAGAUUGGCGGUGGUUCACCGAUUCUGCAAUGGACGAAUAAGCAGGGCGAGCUUUUGUGCGAAAAGUUGGAUGAAAUUUCGCCCGAAACCGCACCUCAUAAGUAUUAUGUUGCCUUCCGAUAUGCAGAUCCUCUCACGGAGGAUACGCUCGAGAGGAUACGCAACGAUGGGGUGCGGCAUACUGUACUUUUCUCUCAGUAUCCACAAUACAGUUGUUCGACUUCGGGCUCCAGUUUUAACGCUAUAUACAAUUAUUACAGGACUAGAGAAUUACCGAGCGAGAUGAAAUGGAGCGUAAUAGAUAGAUGGGCUACACAUCCUCUCCUUAUAAAAACAUUUGUCGAAAGAAUUAAAGAGGAACUCGCCCACUUUCCUAACGAAAACCGAGACGACGUCAUAAUUCUGUUUUCAGCUCAUUCUCUGCCGUUGCAGGUCGUGAAUAGAGGGGAUUCGUAUCCGGCAGAGGUUGGAGCUACGGUGGCAUUAGUGAUGCAGGAAUUAAAUUAUUGCAAUCCAUACAGCUUAGUGUGGCAAUCGAAGGUCGGACCCAUGCCGUGGUUAGGACCUUUUACCGACGAGGCGUUAAAGGAUUACGUUAAACAAGGCAAGAAAAAUUUCAUUCUGGUGCCGAUCGCAUUUGUAAACGAACAUAUUGAAACCCUCCAUGAACUGGAUAUAGAAUACUGCCAGGAACUCGCCAAAGAACUUGGUAUCGAGAGGAUACGAAGGGCCGCGGCACCCAAUGUUCACCCUUUGUUCAUCGACGCUUUAGCGGACAUUGUAGCGUCUCAUCUUAAAUCGAAACAGACUAUAAGCCCUAAAUUUUUGACGCGAUGUCCUCAUUGUGUAAAUACAAGUUGCGACGCUAGCAAAAGUUGGUACGCUAAAAUCUGUGGGAUUCAGCGAUAAAUUGUCUUCCUAAUUUAAGAUUUCGUCGAAAAUGUUAUGUAAUAGUAUGCGUGUUAUUACACUUGUGAAUAAUUAAAUGAAAGUGAAUAGAUUUUACAAAGUAUACGUAUGUACACAUGCACACGUUUAUGACAAUCGCACAAUAAUUAUUAGAUUGUACAAUAAUUUAUAUCAAUUGUAACCGAAUAAACUGCGAUAUAUUUA